UCGACUCAUCACACCCAGUCUUAUACAAUGACCACGGCCCCAUCCCGCUCAGCACCACCCCCACCACCGCAGGACGACCACGCUGACGGAGCAUCGGCAAACGAGCAGCUCCUCGCUGCCGCCAAGACGGACAACGAAGAGCUCCUCCUCUCGGCGCUCGAGCAGCUCGAGGACGUCAACUACGCAGACGGCCUUGGAAACACUGCAUUGCAUUAUGCCGUGAUCCACGGCUCGACCGACGUUCUCGAACACCUCCUCGAGCACGACAGCAUUCACCUCGACCUCCGUAACCGUCUCCAGGGCGACACGCCGCUCCACAUCGCCGUCAGGCAGCGGUAUGAGGAGCACCCAGCAGCGCGGCUGUACAUUGGUAGGGAGGUUGGAAUGGACGAGCAGCUAACCUCUACAGUUGGCUCGCUUCUCGAGGCCGGCGCCGAUCAGUUGGUGAAGAACCGUCACGGCCAGCGCCCAGGCGACGCACUCCCGCCCUGGAGCGAGAACGCGGACCCCGAGUCGGACGACGAGAAGAUCCGCUCCAUGCUCCGCCGUGCACUGGCCGAGACGAUGGUCGCGUCGAGCGGAGACGUCGUGGAUGAGGACGACGACAUUAUCGACCCCAACGACAUCGCUUCCGACAGCGACUAACCCACGACACCCAUACGCACAGCGACAGCCCAAUUGUAGAUGAGAUGAUAUGCAUUGUUCCCUUUGGUGUUGCGGCGGCAUGCUGGCUACGGAGCGG